AUGGCCAAAGAGCAUAAUUAUAAAAAAGGUACAGGUGGAGGACCGGCAUUGGACAUAACUUGGCUGCCCUGGGAAGAAAAAAUCAUUCAGAGAAUGAAUCCGGCUAUGGUUCAAGGCUUGCCAGCAAGCAUAGAUAGCAGCAUUUCCAGGCCUGUUAUAAGCACAGAUAUAAGCGAAUCAAUGGAAAGACAUCAAGGUCCAUCAACAAGUGGUACUGCUCACAGACACUCUCGGGCUUUAGUCUCAAGUCAGGCACAAAUAUGUUCUAAAGGUGGAAUUCAAGAAAGAACUCGUAAGGAGAGUCAAGAAGGCAGACCAAGUAAAAAAAUACGCACUGCAGAAGUUGAAAAAAUGGCAAAAUCCCAUCACCCUAAACAAGCAAGGAUGGCAUCAAUGGUCAGCAGAAUACACACUGAAGAAGAUCCCAGUGAAACACAUCGACCAAGACAAGUUCAGGUAUCCGGUAGCGGGACUAGACAAGCCACAACUUCAAAGUCAUCAAAAGGCCAAGGAGAUUCACAGCUUUUAAGAAAUCUUGCUGAAAAAAUGGCAUCAGCAGCUGGAACAUCUUCCAAAAAGACAAGUAAAACUCAUGAUUUAAUUUCCACUUCUCCUUCAAGCUCAAUAAAUGAGCCAUUUCAGGAACCAGAACAAGAGAGUACACGAUUAUCUGAUGUACAUACCAACACAUCGGAGAAGCUGAUUGAAUCUGCCACAGCAAUUACUGCAGCUUUUUCCCUUGAGGAAGAUGUAGAACCUUUAGAUGAGCCUGAUAGGACACAAGUAUCAUCUCCUAUAGAAAGUCAAUUUCAAGUGUUGGAGGAUAUACGGACAGGCCUAUCGACAGGGACUACUGAACGUGUGAAUGACAUAGCGAAACAAAUGGAGAACAGACAAGAAAGCUUUCGUGUAACCGUAGACCACCGUCUGCUAAAGAUGGACGAAACACUGGGACGUUUCUCUGAUUAUCUAAGAGACGUGACAACCUCCACUUCUACCGUGUUACAGGGCAUAGAGUCCAAACUAGGUACCAUGAUUGUUGCCUUAAACAAACUUGUGGACAACACUUCGUGCCAAGGGAACACCCUACAAAUCAUGCAGACCAGCCAUAGCCAAACUGCAGCAAAUACAUCUCUAAUAGCUACACAACUCCAAACUAUGAAUACUAUCAUGUUGAAGAUGUUGGCUGCUUUGAGUCAGGGACAACACCAUCCAGCCAUUCAAGAAUCAACUCAACCAUUUCCAGGUUUUGGUCCAGAGGGACAAUUACAUGGAUUGCACUCUGGUGAUGUCCAUCCGCAAAUGCCAACAGCUCCUAGUCCUGCUCCUCCUGAUAGUGCAACCACACCAGGACCAUACACACAACAACAAAAACCAGAUGAAUCACAUUGUUAAUUGUUACUUGUCCUCUCAAA